AUGAAAGAAAAACGAACUACUGUAGAAAUAAUUGACACUGACCCUCCAUCAGAGUUUGAACAAGUGGACAAGCAACGUCACUUUGGAAUCCUCCACUACACCGUGACCGAUCGAUUCCGUAAACUGAUGUUUAUCGCAUUGGUUAACUUAGUUAUUCUCACUGGGGUUUUCCUAUUUCUAUUUUUUCUGAUUACUCGGUUGGACAAAAAACAUGAAGACAUUCCUAUAAGUUCUACGCCUCAUACUUAUUUGGACAUCACGACUACUUCUGCACCAACUACUUCUACCCCAACUACUUCUACACUUACUACUUCUGCACUAACUACUUCUACACCAACUACUUUUACAUCAACUACUUCUAUAUCAACUACUUCUACACUAACUAUUCCUACACCAACUACUUCUACACCAUCUACUCAUACACCAUCUACUUCUACACGGACUACUUCUACACCAACUACUUUUAAACCAAUAACAAAAACUACAACAGCUCCCUUUUCCACUACAUCGAGACCUUUCGAAAAAAUAUUGAGCUCACACGGCAAAGCUCCGCCCACCGAAAUCGCUUACGUCAUGCAGUACCGGACAAAAAGUGGAAUAUAUGAUGCUUUAUUAAACGGUCUUCCGAAAUCAGCAGAGUCGAUUAAAGACCCGUCAGAAAGUAAUGAUGUGUUAUUUUUUAUUGAUGCCUUUUUCGAAAGUGAAGUGACCUAUUAUGGAGCAACUCUUUUUAUUAUUACUAAACGACUUCCUACAGACAACGAUAUCUCUGACUUAGUCUUCAAGCUCCAAACAUAUCAUGCUUAUGUCACAUUAGUUGUAUCUGAGAACUCAUUAGGUGGGUCGUCACCGGAACCAUUGUACAGAUUGGCAAGCGAAACAAAUGGACUCUGUAUUUUCACGGAAGAUGAUAACAUUCAACAGGUAUGGAUCAUUCUUCUAGUCUCAAAAUACUGGGUUUUACAUCAGACACCCACUUGGCUACCAUCCAUCUGGCCUACAUAUCUGGUGUAUUCGUUCAAUGCAGAAGUGGCAAAUUCUGGAUCUACCACUCUUCCAAUUUUCAAUUCUCCGCUGGUUGGAUAUUACUACAUUUGCAUGACUCUACAGGACCAUGGAAUCUUGGACAAAUUCAGAAUGAUUCACUUGGAUUGGAGCAACAACGAAUCAUCAAAUUCUGGAUCAUUCAAAGAAACUUUAGAAUCGCAUACUGCUAUAUAUGGGAACACCACGUAUGUCAGGAAAGGCCCUUUCAAAUUGGAUGAUGUCCUUUACAACAUGACACUUGGAUUUGAGUACUCGUAUGGCAAAACCAAUAUUCUUCAGAUCAGAAUAUACAGUGUUAGUGUAACAAAUAGCUUGUUACUGAACAAUCUUCCGGAUCCAUCAGAGUUGAUUAAAGACCCGUCAGAAGGUAGUGGAGUAUUGGAUAUUAUUGAUCUCUUUUUCGACUCUGACGUGGCACAUUGUGGAGCAACUCUUUUUAUUCUCACAAAACUUUAUCCUAGAGACACCUCUAUCGAUGACUUAGUCUUCAAGCUCCAAAAAUAUCAUGCUUAUGUCACAUUCAUUGUAUCUGAGAACUCAUUUGGUGGGUCACAACCAAGGUACAGAUUGGCAAGCGAAACUAAUGGACUUUGUAUUUUCACGGAGGAUGAUAAGAUUCAAGAGAUACCCUUUUGGCUACCAUCCAUUUGGCCUUCAUAUUUGGUGUAUUCAUUCAAUGCAAAAGUUUCAAGUUUUGGAUCUCUCAUGCUUCCAAACUUUAAUGCUCCAUUGGUCGGAGACUAUCACAUUUGCAUGACUCUACAGGACCAUGAAGCCUUGGACACAUUCAGAAUGAUUCACUUGGAUAUUUGGAGCAGCCAGCAAGAUCGGGAUCAUUCGAAGAAACUUCAAAAUCACAUGCUGCUAUAUAUAAAAGGCCCUUUCACAUUGGAUGCAGUUUAUUACUACUUGAGACUUGGAUUUGAGUACUCGGAUGAGGAAACCCAUAUUCUUCAGAUCAGAAUAUAUAGCGCUAGCGCCGUCGACUUCUGGGUACAACGAUUGAUUUGCGACCAGGGUACCCUUAACAAUGAUCCUGUUUCAUCAGCUCCUGGAAUAAUAGAAGAACCAACAUAUGUUGAAAUAAUUGACACUAACCCACCACCAGAGUUUGGACCAGUGGACAAACAACGUCACUUUGGAAUUCUCCGCAACACAGUGACCAAUCGAUUCCGUAAACUAAUGCUGAUAGCAUUAGUUAACUUAGUGGUUGUUCUUUUCAUAUUUGUCUUUUUUUUGGUUGCUCAUUUGGACAAAAAACAUGCAUUAACAACAAGAACUGAUACAACACCUUACACACAAUCUUUUCCCACUACGACAAAUCCUUUCGACCGUACUGAUUGCUCACCAACUCAGAAUUCCACAUUUUUCUUUGCGUACUCCAAUGAUUUAACAGCAUUUCAAGUUUUAAACACAUGGAACACAAUUCCAAUCUACGUUAAACUGGGUUAUGAAACCAUUUUCUUCUUCAAUUUGGACGUGACACAUUGUGGAGCAAGCCUUUUAGUUCUCGUGAAACGUCUUCCUACAGACUCAUUUAUCUCUGACUUAGUAUCCAUGCUCCAAAAAUAUCAUGCUUAUGUCACAUUCAUUGUAUCUGAGAACUCAUUAGGUGGAUUGUCAUCAGAACCAUUGUACAAGUUGGCCAGCGAAACUAAUGGAUUUUGUAUAUUCACGGAAGAUGAUAGGAUUCAACAGACACCCGAUUGGCUACCAUCCAUUCAGUAUUUAUAUUUUUUGGUGUAUUCAUUCAAUGCCGUAGUUGCAAAAUCUGGAUCUGUCGCUCUUCCAGUAUUUAAUGCUCCGGAGAUUGAAUAUGCCUGCGUUUGCAUGACUCUUCAAGACCAUGGAGUCUUGGAUUCAUUCAGAAUGAUUCACUUGGAUUGGAACAACAAUGAAUCAUCAAAUUCAGGAUCAUUCGAAGAAACUUUAGAAUCACAUACUGCUAUAUAUGGGAACACCACGUAUAUCACAAAAUCUAUAUUCGGAUUGGAUGCUGUUCCUUACAACAUGACACUAGGAUUUGAGUACUUGGAUGACGAAAUCAAUAUUCUUCAGAUCAGAAUAUAUAGCGCUAGCCCCGUCGGCUUCUGGGUACCAUACAACAAUUGA